GUGAUUGGUCAACAGCCGGCUUUCACUGUCUGGAUGCUGCAGCAAGGUUACCGGGCUGGACCAACCGUAGCAUCUGCUGCCUGCCUGACCGUCUAACAGGCUUCAUUGUACACCAGUGCUGAAAGUGAAGGAAAACCGCUUUUUAAGGACAUAACAAAGGAAGUAAGUGCGGUUGAACCAUGUCUUCCAGCUCAUCAACGGUACGCAUUCUCAUAAAGGGAGGGAAAGUGGUGAACGACGACUUCACACAAGAAGCAGAUGUGUACAUCGAGAACGGCAUUAUCCAGCAAGUGGGCAAGGAGCUGAUGAUCCCAGGAGGGGCCAAGGUUAUCGAUGCCACAGGAAAGCUGGUGCUUCCAGGUGGCAUAGACACCAGUGUUCACCUGAACGAGAGCUUCAUGAAUGCCAGCACCGCAGAUGACUUCUACAGCGGCACGAAGGCUGCUCUGGCUGGAGGCACCACUAUGGUGAUUGGUCAUGUGCUGCCAGAAAAGAACGAAUCAUUGCUGGACGCUUAUGAAAAGUGCCGCUCUCACGCCGAUGCCAAGGCCUGCUGUGACUACGCUCUUCAUGUGGGAGUGACCUGGUGGGGACCAACGGUUAGGGCUCAAAUGGAGACACUGGUGCGGGAGAGAGGGGUGAACUCCUUCCAGAUGUUCAUGGCAUAUAAGGACGUGUACAUGCUGAGGGACAGCGAGCUGUUUCAGGCCCUGCAGAACUGUAAGGACAUCGGUGCUGUGGCCCGCGUCCACGCGGAGAAUGGAGAACUGGUCGCGGAGGGUGCCAGAGAAGCGCUGGAUCUGGGUAUUAGUGGACCAGAGGGCAUUGAGAUAAGCAGACCUGAGGAGCUGGAAGCAGAGGCCAUCCACCGAGCCAUUACCAUCGCUAACAGAGCCCACUGUCCUAUAUAUCUUGUGAAUGUGUCCAGCAUGUCAGCAGGGGAUGUUUUAGCAUCUGCUAAAAUGCAGGGGAAAGUGGUGCAUGGAGAGACCACCACUGCUCAUGCUGUCUUAAACGGGCUGCAGUACUACCAUCAGGACUGGGCCCACGCAGCUGCUUUCGUCACUGUGCCACCACUCAGACUCGACCCCAACACACCCAAUUACCUGCUCAGCCUUCUGGGAAAUGACACUCUGAACGUCGUGACAUCGGACCACCGACCCUUCACCACUAAACAGAAGGCAGUGGGUAAAGACGACUUCACGAAAAUCCCUCACGGUGUUCCCGGGGUGCAGGAUCGCAUGAGCGUGAUUUGGGAGCGAGGAGUGGUUGGAGGCAAGAUGGACGAGAAUCGGUUUGUUGCUGUCACAAGCUCCAAUGCUGCAAAGAUCUACAACCUUUACCCGAGGAAGGGCAGGAUCAUCCCUGGAGCCGAUGCUGAUGUGGUCGUCUGGGAUCCAGAAUCAACAAGGACCAUCUCUGUGUCCACUCAAUGGCAGGGUGGUGAUGUAAAUCUGUACGAGAACCUACGCUGUCACGGCGUCCCAUUGGUAACCGUCAGCCGUGGCCGCGUGGUCUAUGAAAACGGCAUCUUCACCUGUGCUGAGGGCUCAGGAAAGUUCUACCCUCUCCGAACUUUCCCAGACUACCUGUACAAGAAAAUGGUCCAGAGGGAGAAGUGUCAAGCAGUCAAGGGGGUGGAGCGUGCACCCUACACUGGAGACGUAGCUGCAGUGCAGAAUUCAGGGAAGAAGGACGUGGGCCCUUCAGAUGGGGACAUGAACCCACGACCCUGCACGCGCCACGGGGGAAUGAGAGACCUACAUGAGUCCAGCUUUAGUUUGUCUGGUGCCCAAAUUGAUGAUAAUGUUCCAAAGAGGGCUUCCGCGCGGAUCCUAGCGCCACCUGGUGGUCGUUCUAGUGGAAUCUGGUAACAUUUCGGAGUCUGAAACGACAGGAAACAGCUACGUUUCUGAUCAAAAUGAUUUCACUUGAAUCACUUGCAAGAAAACACCUGUGGGUUUCUUUUCAUUUUUUAUAUGUGUGUGUGUAUGAGGGAAAAAAUAUAUAUAUUUGUUCGGAAACUGGAAAACAAGGUAUGUGUUGGAAAGGCUUGGAGGAGAUUGAGGAAUCCAGAGUGUUACAGGGUGUUUUGUUCUUCAUAUUCAGUCACAUGAAAUAGUGAAAGUUGUGUUCAAAUGCAAAUACAACACUGUUGUAGUGCUAAAUAAAUGACAGACCCUUUAUGGUUUUUGUUAACACAUUAACAACAGUAUGUUUUAUGCAAGCUGCCGUAUAAACGAUUUUAAAUAUAGUGACUGGAGACUUAUUUAAGAGUGGGAAUGUUACUAGUUUGUGUAUUUGGUCAUGGCUUGAAAAUGUGAACCAUUGUAAAGUUAUUUAAUAUAUUUUAAUGUGUUGGCAGAUGACUGUACAUUUACCUCAGUGUUUAUCCACUUACUUACAUUAGCACUCUGCCUCUCUACGCUUACAUCUCUUACAGCGACCAGUUGACAACACUUUCUGCAUUGAGGUGUUAAUAUUUAUAUCUUAUUUUUGACACUUAUAAUUCAAAGACAAUACAAGCUAUUUGUUUCUCUGUCAUAUUUCUAGUUCUAGUUCAUGACACAGGUCACUAUUGUUUAUACGUUCAAAAAAGGAGCAUUUUCAGUUUUACAGAUGCCCUUUGAAAGCACACAUGCCUGACCUUCUAAAAUGUGAAUUAAGAAGAAUAUCUGUUACAUAUCAAAUUUAGUUGUGUAACUAAUCCAAAAAUGUAUUGAUCUCUAAUUUUUAACUGACCAGAUUUUUUUUUUAUCCAAUAAGUCUACAUUCCCUGUUACUGUUACGGGCACUUGCAAGUUAUUAUUCAUAACCAUAGCAUAAUUUUGCAGUGUAGCUCUAUGUUUAUUCUAGAAUUAACUGUUGGCUUAACACUGAACUGUGGUGAAAGUUGAAUUCUAUCAGUUGUUCACUGAACUGUAACACUGUGGAUUAGUGACUAUUGAUCUGCAUGUUCCAAAACAAGUCAGAAAAAUACUGCUUCACUUCUGAUCAACACUAACCAACCCUGUUAAAAGACACCACACAGCUAACUGAGGCAUGUGUUCUUCUUGUACAUGUAUGUCUACUUAAGUACUUGAAACCCUUCUGUAGAGACCAGUAGAAACACAGUAACACACACACAGUAGAAUGGCAAGAACAUUUCUGUUGGUGCUGAAUAUUCAUGUAUUUUUUUAUUCAGGUUUUUCAGUAUGCUUUUCAAUUUUUUAAUAUGAGCUAUGUAUGCACUACAGUUGUAUGUAUUAACGUAUUAUGUUUAUCUCAUGAAAAAGUGCAAAUAAACCCGCUUAAACCUCA